UCGGGGCCUAACAAACUGCGGUUUAAAAUGCAACGAUUAUUACCACGUUUAAUGUCGAUUUCUCGACAAUAUUCGGUGAUGAAGAUGUCGAAACCUCUGGGAGCCAGCGAGAGUCAGAAAUGUCUCGAUAUCGACACUUCCGAUCUUCUCUGUAAGUAUUUUGAAGAUACUGUCCUCCUUAGGUUAUCAAUAUUUUUCUGCAUUUUAGCUGCAUCCAUGACUCAAUCACGAGCAGCUUCUGUCGUCAACGAGUCUUUACGCGCAGAUGCGAUUCCUCUGCUGGAUCAAACGGCCGCAGAAGUUUCAACUACUACGUUCGAGGUGACCACAUCGAAGAUCGAGUCGCAGAUUAUCGGUGAUAAGACGCCAUUGCCAUUCGAGGAGAUCCCUGGACCGGCGAUUUUGAAGAUCUGGGAGAAAUAUUGGAAAUACGUGCCGCUCCUCGGUACGCAAGUGCUUUCCAGUCUGCUAAUCAACAGAUUCACCCAGGGACGACUGACGUGGAAUCGCAAUGUAACACCCUUAAAAUAUUUAUUCAACGAAUACGGUUGUAUCGUAAGGAUUAACGGACCUCUUUCAGGAGACAUUGUCAUGAUUCACAGACCAGAACACAUAGCAGAGGUUCUUAAGCAGGAAGGCGAUACGCCUAUAAGAAGCGGAAUCGAUAUUCUACAACAUUAUCGACUGAACUAUCGUAAAUAUCGUCUUGCAGGGCCGUUUUCUAUGCAAGGUACGGAAUGGUUAGAAGUGAGAGAAAAGGUGGAGCAAAUAUUCGGUCAAAUUGCCCCAAGCUUUUUUGGGAAGAUCGAUACGAUUUGCGACGAAGUUAUUACUAGGAUAUACAAAAUACGUAACAGACAAAAUGAAGUGCCUGCUAGUUUCCACGAAGACAUGAUUCGCUGGGCCAUGGAGUGUUUUUACGACGUAACAUUUAACAAGCGCCUCGGCUUUUUGGAGUCACCAGGCUACAAUCCGACGUCCGAAACGUCAAGAAUUAUUAACGCCUUGUUAACAGCUCACAAGUACAUGAGCCGCUGUGAAACUGGCUUUCAAGUGUGGCGAUUUUUCUUGACUCCAUUCGCCAAGAAGCUCUUCGAAGCUUGUGACGUGCUCGAUAAUGUCAUAGGAAAAUAUGUCCGCCAAGCUCAAAGUAAACUUCGAAUUCGCAAAUCCCAUGCAGAGAAAAGUUUAAUGGCUGAGGAUAGUUCACCUGUUUUGGAAAAGCUUCUCGUGAACGAAGGUAUUCAUCCAGACGACAUUUGUACGUUGCUGAUGGACAUGAUCAUUUUAGGUGUUCAAGCGACGGCAAACUCCGAGGCGUUCGUAUUAUAUAAUUUGGCGAAGAAUCCACGGACUCAAAGAAGACUCUACGAUGAAAUUACCUCUGUUUUGCCAAAUAACGAUGCUCCUUUCACGGAAAGAACAUUGAAAAAUAUGCCAUAUCUGAAAGCUUGCCUUCAAGAAACUUUAAGACUACACCCUGCUAUCCCCUACAUCACUAGACUGUUACCAAAAACCAUACAUCUUCAUGGAUAUACGAUACCUAAAGGGACAUUCGUCAUAAUGGCAAAUCAAAUUACUUCGCAACGCGAGGAGAACUUCGAGGAUCCGUUAAAAUUCCGGCCAGAAAGAUGGUUGUCUAAUUGUGCAAAAGAAGAUACAGACUUCAGCUAUUUACCUUUUGGAUAUGGUGUGAGAUCAUGUUUAGGGAAAAGUAUGGCUGAAAUACAAAUGAUGCUACUGACAGCAAAGCUUGUACGACAAUUCAGAGUUGAAUAUGAUUAUGCUGACAUCAAAAGCAAUUUUAUGAUGGUGAAUGUACCCAAUAAGCCACUUCGUUUCCGUUUCGUGAAUAGAUAUUAGUCUAUACGAUAAUAAUCAAGCACUAGUUACUGCAAAGAACCGCAUAGAUAGGAAUAUAUUAUAUUUCUUGUUAUUAAAUCAACACUUCGAAUACAGCGAGGCAUAAUUUAGACUAAAUAACAGUAGUUGUGAUUUAUCGUACAUUUUUAUUGGACAUUCAUUACGUCAAUAGAAAAAAUAAAAUAUUGUUAGAAAGGA